ACUCAUAGCAUGGCGGCUCGGUCUAUUUAAAAAAAAAACUACACUUCCCAGUGUGCUGUUCGGCAGGACUUCCGGACUGAGCGCUGUGUCCCCGCCCCCUCUCUCCACCCUGUAGACUGUAGUUAGGUAUGUGUAGGUAUCAGAUGUGAUCAGAAUGGAGAGGAAGUGAGAGCCGGAGAUGAUGGGCUGAUUUCAUACCGACCGACCGAUCACAGAGCUGCUGGAUUCUCCUUCUAUCUGAUUAUUAGAGUGGUAGCCAAUCCACUGCCGGGGACCCCGACGACGUCCAAGGAGGGUGUGUAUUCACCUGACAGACACGCCCUCCGACAGUGUGAUGCGCAGACCCAGCGAUGCCUUACGUGGAUCGACAGAACCGCAUCUGUGGCUUUCUGGACAUUGAGGAAAAUGAGAACAGCGGCAAGUUCCUGCGCCGCUACUUCAUCCUGGAUACGAUGGAGGGGAGUCUGGUCUGGUACAUGGACAACCCGCAGAAUCUUCCGGAAGGAACAGCCAACGUCGGCUCCCUCAAGCUCACGUACAUUUCCAAGGUCAGCGACGCCACCAAGUUGCGUCCGAAGGCCGAGUUCUGCUUCGUCAUCAACGCUGGAAUGAGGAAGUUCUACCUGCAGGCCAAUGACAAGCAGGACCUGGUGGAGUGGGUCAAUGUGCUCAACAACGCCACCAAAAUCACAGUGCCAAAAUCAGGAGAUCACGGCGGGCAGAACCCAGCGGAGGCUUGUGUGGAGGUGCUGGGUGCCAUGAAGCAGGUCUCCUACAAGACGGAGAUCAUCGGAGGAGUUCCCAUCAUCACCACCACACAGGAAAAAGGUGAAGGCCAGAAUGGUGCUGAGAGGGGGGCACUGAGGAAGCCACACAGCCAGAUGCCCUACUACCUGAGCCGUGCCAACCAAGACCAGUCUGUGGUGAAGUCCGGCUUCUGCGUCAAACAGGGUGCACUGAUGAAGAACUGGAAGAGAAGAUACUUCAUGCUGGAUGAGAACGCCAUCAGUUAUUUUAAAUCAGACCUGGAGCGAGAGCCACUCCGGGUGAUUCCCCUGAAGGAGGUCAGCAAAGUCCAGGAGUGUAAGCAGAGUGAUCUGAUGAUGAGGGAUAACCUCUUUGAACUCGUCACUACCUCAAGAACCUUCUACAUCCAGACGGACAGUCCAGAGGAGAUGCACAGCUGGAUUAAAGCUAUAUCUGGAGCUAUAGUGGCUCAGCGAGGCCCUGGACGCUCUGCUGCUUCCGAGCGCCGGGAACCCCCAUCCAACUUUUACUGUAGCGAACAAGGACCCCCAGUCCCUCGCUCACCCAUCACCACUGAACACCACUUCCCAGAAUGCCACAACCCAGCGGGUCCUCAGCAUGACGUGGGAAGAGCCAGACCUCAGCGGAUUGUUGAGGGGCAGCCCGCGCAGCCGCCUGUCCCUUCAGGAUGCCCCGCGCCUCUUCUUCAAGUGAGCGGCGGCAAUGACUUAUCGCCCUGGGAGCGGAGGAGCAGCGCCGAGGUUUCAUCGCUCUCUGAGCUAGACGGGGACGAUUUGCAGAUUACAGAAGUUUAAAGAGCGUGAAUAUUUACUACAGUUUAAUUCCAGACGACGAGACGAGGGACUGCGGCACGGACGCGAAUGAUGUUGUCGGGAUGACCGGGAGCCCGGAUGAGCAGUACAGUGUGGAACUCUGUGUACACAGCUGGAUUAUGGGAUUGGUCUAUCAUCCAUGACUGCGGGAUGCUGUAGUUUGUACUACAGACUGACAUUCCAGCACAAACGUUCAGUCUGGUCGGAACGGGAAGUUCGGAACUGAAGAUUAAGACCUGUGAUAUGUUUGGGAUACAUUAAACACUCAAUCUUUUCCUUUUUUUUCUUUUGUCCUCAGGUACCUGCUGGCUUUUAUCUCCUGUAUCAUGUUUUAUUUAUCCUAAACUAAUAGAUUCAACAGGGGUGUAACGAUACGCAUAAUGUUCCAAACUUAACAUGAGGUUCUUGAAGCGACACACAGACGCCUUUAUUCAAAGCGACUUACAACUAAGACUAUCCAUUGCAAGCAAUUGAGGGUUAAGGGCCUUGCUCAAGGGCCCAACAGUAACAUGCUGGCAGAUGUGAUGCCUGAACCAGCAACCAUCCGAUUACUACUCCUGUACCUUAACCCUUGAGCUACCCUUGCCCAUCUUUUUGCAUUGACUUAAUUUGUAGGCGGUGCAAUGGCUCGGUGGGUAUCACUGUCACCUCACAGCAAGAAGGUCUUGGGUUCGAUUUCCGGGUGGAGCCCGUGUCUGCGUGGGUUCCUCCAACAGUACAAAGACAUGCAAGUGAGGUGAACUGGAGAUACAAAGUUUGAUAUUAAACCUGAACUGAUGAACCUUGUGUAAGCAGUAACUACCUGUCCUGUCAUGAAUGUAACCCAAGUGUGUAAAACAUAUGGAGGAACACACUACUCUCUACAUAUUCCUCCACCAUUCGUUCCGGUGCCUUGACCAGACAGUAGGAGUCGCUCUCGCAGCAGCAGGGAUGUCGCACCCCGUCUGUCCUUCCCUCUCUCAGACACGGCUAGUUGUGUCCGUUAAGCACCACCACCGGGACUCGAACCCAAGACCACAGGUCCACCCAGGCAUCCAUAUAUCUACCAUGAACCAAAUGUAUUGUAUUGUUAUAGAUGACAGUACAUAUUAGAUCAUGAAAUGUGUGUAUCGUUACACCUCCAGUGUUGAUGGAACUCGUUCAAACAAUUUUAUCCUUAAAUUUUAUAGAUUUUAGAACGUUUUUGUUGGGUGACUUUUCUUUUAUUUGCAGUGGAUGAGAGUACGGCAAAAAAUCUGACAACACAAACAUAAUCUGAUUGCACAUCCAGUUAGAGGAAAUAUGCUCUCAGUGAAAAUGUUUCAUGAUUCUGAGUCAAAUAAUCUGGGUUGCCAGAUUUCAGCUUUGUAGAAAAUCCUUUACAUUUGAGGCGUUUCGCAAACGCUUUUAUCCAAAGUGACUAACAGGUUAUGACUGAAUAGAUUUCAAGCGAUUCAGGUUUAAGUGGCACCGUUGUGGUGCUGUGGCUUGAACCGGCAACCUUCUGAUUACUAGUCCAGUACCUUAAGCCCUAAGCUACCAUAAAGUACCAUAAAGGGUAAGAAACCAUAGAGACAAAAUUUGCUGGUUUAAAACUGUACACAUGGGGUGCACGGCUUACAUUCUAAUGCGCUAGCUCACCACCGCUGAGAUCUCCAGCUGCUCUGGAGUUAAAAUCUCAGCUAUUUCGUCAAUCUGGCCAGGCGUCCGAGUCACAAUUGGCCGUGUCUGAGAGAGAGAGAGGGUGGUUGUCUGGGUUCCUCAGUGCUGCUGCAGAUGUGACGUCUGCUGGCUGGUUGAGGUGCAUGCACAAGGGGGGGAGAAAUCGCAGAGCAGUGUAGCGUGUCUCUCCAGACCCAAUGAAGCUCUGAAGAGUCUCGUCACUGGUCUCCUCUGUCAGGGCAGGGGUGGUGCAAGCCAUGGAAGUAUUACAGUCAGGGCAAUUGGAAACGACUAGAUUGGGAGAAAAGGGGAAAAAUUAUAACAGUGAUGGUUCUACACGGACAUGUUUAAGUGCAACACUUUUCUGUUUAUUUAAGAGUAUAAGAGAACAGAAUGAAACAGCGGGUGCUUUGCAUUUUAUGGAAAUAAUCUUUUUUGUUUAGGUAAAAACGCUCUGUGGCUGGUUGCUAGUUGCAUUUUGAAGGCUGCAUAACAUUGGUUUAGAGCCACUGUUACAUUUUUAUAUUUGAUUUUGAAAAUAAAGUCGACAUAUUACGGUCUGCAGCAGGAGGACAGCAGUUUAUCUCUUGGGGUCUCAUUCGGGGUAAAGUUACACUUUUGUUUCACAAAAACAGAGUUUCUCAGUCUCCUGGUGCAGCAGCAUCAGGUUAGUGUUAGUAUAAGAACACUGAAACGGCUUUGCAAAUAAUAUUAUAUAUAUAUUAUAUUAUAAAAUAUUACCAGGCGCCCAGGUGGUGCAGCGGGAUAUUCCACUAGCACACCAGCGCCGAGAUUCUGAACUCCUCGGUUUGAAACUCAGCGUUGCCAAGGGUCAGCUGGGCGCCAUCUGGCGGACAUAAUUGGCCAUGCCUGCAGCACGUAUCUGAAGGGGGUGGGGACCGGACUAUGUGGGUGGGUCAUCAUACGUUGUGUAAGGACCCUGAUUGGCGGAAGAGACGUCUGUGCAGAAUGCAGGGGCGAGAAGAGGAGGGCUGUACACGUGUCGGAAGAGGCGUGUACAGCGACGUGCUCUCCUCGGAUGCAAUCGGGUAUCCCUCAGCAGCGGAAGACAAUUUUAGUGCGCUAAAUCGGGAGGAAACAAUUAAUUGGCCACCGUAUCUGCAGGGGGUGGGGACCGGACUAUGUGUGGGUGGGAUCUUCAUACGCUGUGUAAGGACCCUGAUUGGCAGAAAAGACGCCCGUGCAGAAUGCAGGCGUGUGCAGCGACAUGCUCUCCUCGGAUACAAUCGGGUAUCCCUCAGCAGUGGAAGACAAAUUUAGUGCGCUAAAUUGAGAGGAAAAUGCAUUACAAAUAUACUGUAUAUAUAUAUAUUAUGACUUUAUUCUCAAAUUCACAUAUAAGAAAUGUAACAGUGGCCUUAAAGAACUGCUGUAAGAAAACUAGGCUGUUUUUUUCUGGGGGAUUAUGGGGGCGAGGUUUACAAAUCACGAUUUGCUACUGAUAUAUAUAUAUACGUAUAUUGCAUACAUCAACCUAAAAUCAGAAUUAGUUUUGUGUUGUCAGAUUUUGUAGCUCCCGGAUCUCUCACCCGCUGUACGUUAGGGUUCAGGGUUCAACUUCUACAAGCCAGAGGAAGAAACGAGAUCCAGUGAUUUGCUGAUGAAAUUACUGAAUAUUUUAGAAUCACAAACACGCUCUCAGUAACCAGUAACAAGAUUUUGUUGGGAAGAUGAUCGUACUGAUGGCUGACGAAGAGCCAUCAAUCGUCCAAUCAUACUGUCAAUUCUUCUUGUAGAUUUGUUUUGGGUUCUGGGUGCUGUAAGAGAUCCGUCUCUAAAAAUGAUGGUAUUUGGGGUGAUUGUGUCCAGCAUCAUGUUUAACUGACACUGAAUGGUCAGUUGGCUACUAGCCUGGAAGGGUGGAUUUGAAGCCACCACAUGCUUGGAGAAAAUGAAAAGCUGCUCAUUUCCAUUCUCCAACUAAGCUUACAGAUUUACAAGAUUGGCUAGUGUUGCUGAGUAGCUAGGACAUCAGUGCUAACCUUCCAUCCAGAGAACAUGGACAGUUCUUCUCUAGGUUUAAUCUUUAUAAGUUCUUGCCCAUUAUGCCUGGCAUUUAAAGCCUAGUCGCCUUUCCAAGCAAUGCCAAGAGGCGUCCAAAUUGAAGUUGGCCUUUAAUCCAUAUAAUCUGAACCUGCUCAAUCUUCUCAAAGCCGGUCAGAAAGGUCCUGAUUCAAACCAGUAACUCCUGCAGCUUGUACAACACCAUGGCUUGCAGUGAGCUUCAGCACAUAUGGAGGAUCACGCUGUACACUCUGUAUUCCUCUACCACUCGUCCCGGGGCCCCAACCAGACAGUCGGAGUUGGCCUGUAGAUCUGUAGAUCAGGUUUUUUAAACUUUUUUUUAAAGCAAUCCACAUUAUGUCCAUUAUUUUUACCGCAACACAGGCAGCACAAACAACUCAUCAAAAUAAAACACAAAACGAAAUUAACUUAAUUCGUGAAACUGGGGGCGCUCAGGUGGUGCUGCGGUAAAACACACUAGCACACCAGAGCUGACAUUUCAAACUCACCGUUUAUAGCUCUGCUGGGCGCCUACACGAACAACGAUUGGCUGUUGUUCAUACAGGGUGGGAGAUGGAUGGGGACCUCAUAACUGAUACAAUUACGACCUCUGCUGGCUGAUUGAUGGCGCCUGCACAGAGACUGGGAUAAAGUGUUGAUCGGGGUGUGGCUCUCCGUACACAAAGCUGAUCCGCAUACGAACUCACCUUGUGCAGGUGAAAAGAUGCAGUCGGUACUGCACACGUGUCGGGGGGCGUGUGUCAAUCUCGCUCUCCUCAACCAGGCGGAGAUCAGCAUUAGUAGAGAGGAAGCGUAAUGCACUGGGUAAUUGGAUACGCUAAAGUGGUAAUGAAAUUGUCUUAAUGAAAUUGGUGGCAAUCUGGUCCCACUGUGGAUUACAACAUGUAACCUAAAGCCUCCACAAGAGGGCAAUCGUGUACAAGUUCAUUUCGUGUUGUGCCUGUUAUUAUUUGUUUAUUUAAUCAUUAUUAAGGGUCACAACCCAGGGUUUGAAAGACCCUGCUGUAGAGUACCCAGACUUCGCGGUGGUAGGCUGGUGCCCGACCUGAACCGUUCCCCGAUGCUGAACACAAUCCACCUGGUUUUCUAGUCACACUAACUCCACACUAAUGUUAGAUAUGUUCGUAGUUUUUUCUAGGAUGAAAUAUCGGUUCAUUCUCUCUCAGUAGCGUCUUCACGCCUCUUUGUGGUUCUGUGCUGUGUUCUGUUCUGAUUGGACGGCGCCCGUGUUACCGCGCCGUCUGCGUUCUUGUGUCGACUUGUCCGCCCGUGAACCGCGUUGCACAAUUCCUACUUUACAAGUGCCUGCAUAGUUUCCACAUGACGUCGAGCUGAUUUUCAUCCUUGGGGUGUUGAGCUCCACUUUCCUAAAUCAUCUGCAUUAUUUAUUAUGUGAAAAAGAUUAAACUGACCAAUUCUAACUGCU